AUGGGGAAAAUAGAUAUUCAGCAAUUAGAUGAUGUGGCAAAUCGUCUACGUAUUGAUUCGAUCAAAAUGACUUGUGCGGCUAAAUCAGGUCAUCCUACAAGCUCAUGCUCAGCUGCGGAAAUUGUUGCAACCCUUUUCUUUAACGAAAUGAAAUUUGACAAAGCGUUCCCGAAGAAUCCAUCUUCUGAUCGUUUCGUUUUAUCAAAGGGUCAUGCAUGCCCGAUUUUGUAUGCUGCUUGGCAUCAGGCAGGGCAUAUAUCAACUACUGAUAUGAUGAAUUUACGGAAGAUAACUUGUGAUUUGGAAGGCCAUCCAACACCAAGAUUAGACUUUAUCGAUGUCGCUACCGGUUCUCUCGGACAAGGUCUCUCAUGCGCUGCUGGAAUGGCUUACGCUGGAAAAUAUAUUGAUAAGGCAAGUUAUCGUGUGUACUGUUUGUUGGGCGAUGGUGAAUGCGCAGAAGGUUCAGUAUGGGAGGCCGCAGCAUUUGCAUCGUACUAUAAAUUGGAUAAUUUGGUUGCAAUUGUGGACAUGAACCGUCUAGGACAAACUCAACAGACGAUGCUAGGGCAUGACGCUGAUACCAUGGCAAAACGCUUUGAAUCAUUUGGAUGCUACACAGUCGUUGUUGAUGGCAGUAAUGUCGUGGAACUUCUGAAUGCUUAUAAUAUUGCACGUCAAACAAAAGGCAAACCAACAGCCAUCGUUGCAAAAACAUUGAAAGGAAAAGGCAUUGUUGGAAUCGAAGAUGAAAAUAACUGGCACGGAAAACCAGUACCUGAAAAUACUGUUGAGGCAAUUGAGCAGCAUCUUAUGAACAAAGCGGAUAUCGCUGGGACAUUUCAAAUAAAGCUUCCAGUAAAUGAUGUUCCAAAUGUUCAGCUCCCAAUUGGCCAUAUUAAAAUGGCACCACCAACAUACACACUUGGCGACAAGGUGGCAACCCGCCAGGCCUACGGUGCAGCAUUGGCAAAAUUGGGUGAUGCAUGUUCACGAAUAAUUGGCUUAGAUGGUGAUACCAAAAACUCGACAUUUAGUGAGAUGUUGCUUAAAAAACAUCCAGAACAGUUUGUCGAAUGUUUUAUUGCAGAACAAAAUCUUGUUGGAGUUGCUGUUGGUUUACAGUGCCGUGAUCGUGCAAUUCCAUUUACAAGCACAUUCGCAGCAUUUUUCACACGUGCUGCUGAUCAACUUCGUAUGGCUGCGGUAUCAUUUGCAAACAUAAAAUGCGCUGGUUCGCAUGUUGGUGUGUCGAUUGGAGAAGACGGUCCGUCACAGAUGGGUCUGGAAGAUAUCGCACUAUUUCGAGCAAUUCCUGGAUCCAUCGUGUUCUAUCCAACGGAUGCAGUGGCUGCAGAACGUGCGACAGAAUUGGCAGCUAAUACGCGUGGUAUUGCAUAUAUACGUACGGGACGUCCUGCAUGUCCUGUUAUCUAUAGCAACGAUGAAAAGUUCGAAAUUGGUAAAGGAAAGAUCGUACAUGACGCAAACAAACCAAAAGCAUUGAUAAUCGGCGCAGGUGUUACGCUUUAUGAAGCAAAAAAAGCAGCAGAUAAAUUACAAUCAGAAAAUGUGGAAGUAAUUGUGAUGGACCUAUUUACAAUCAAGCCGCUUGAUAAAGAUUUGAUCGUAAAAUCGGCCAGAAGAGCAGAAAACCGUGUCAUCACCGUGGAGGAUCAUUAUCAGGCCGGAGGCAUUGGUGAAGUUGUAUGUCAGGCUGUUUCUGAUCAGAAGGAUAUUCGUGUCCAUUCAUUGUUCAUUCUUGAUGUUCCACACUCCGGACCACCGGAUGCUCUGCUUGAAAAAUACGGAAUUUCAGCAAAAUGUAUUGUUGAUGCCGUUCAUCAGUUCAUCCACCCACCAAACUAA